AUGGAAGAACAAAUCCAGAAAAAACCCAAAAUCCUGUGUCUCCAUGGAUUCAGAACAAGUGGUCAAAUCCUCAAGACCCAAGUCUUACGUUGGCCUGAAACUGUACUACAAAAAUUGGACCUUGUUUUCAUCGACGGUCAAUUUCCAGCACAAGGAAAAUCAGAUGUUGAAGGCAUUUUUGGUCCACCUUAUUAUGAAUGGUUCCAAUCCAAUGAGGAUUUUACUGAGUAUAGGAACUUUGAACAAUGUUUAACAUACAUUGAAGAUUAUAUGCUGCAAAAUGGUCCUUUUGAUGGUGUACUUGGAUUUUCUCAGGGAGCAUUUUUAGCAGCUGCAUUGCCAGGAAUGCAGGAACAGGGAGUAGCACUUCAGAAGAUAAACAAGAUCAGGUUCCUGAUUCUGAUAUCAGGAGCCAUGUUUGGUGGAAUGAAAUAUGGAACACCUAAACUAGCUUCUAAUGCAUUUUCAAAACCAAUUCAUUGCCCCUCUCUUCACAUUAUAGGUGAGAAAGAUUUCUUGAAGCCAGAAAGCAUUAUUUUGCAAGAGGCUUUUGUUGACCCUGUUGUGAUUCAUCAUCCAAAAGGACACACAAUCCCAAGACUUGAUGAAAAGAGUCUUGGAACUAUACUUGAUUUCAUUGACACAAUUCAGGGAAUGCUUUCAGAUGAUCACAGCAAGAAUUGA